UUGAUGCAGGGCGAUGAACUUUCUUGGUGUGGUAUUGGUCCAGACUCGUCAUCUGACUUGUGGAGAUCUCCUCUGCCCAAACGGACUUCUCAUUACGUGUACUAAAAUAGACUCUAUGUGACUUACUGCUUAGGCUUACACCUAUAAGUUAUGCUACCGUCCUGCCUCACCUAACACUCAUGUCGCGAAAAGUCGUUCUAGUAACUGGUUGUUCAAAAGGCGGGAUUGGCUUCCAUCUAUGUGAGCAUUUUGCGGAGCAGGGAUGCACUGUGUAUGCCACAUCUCGUAGGCUGGAGACGAUGGACGGCUUCAAACAUUCAGUGGAAAAGCGUGCCAUGGAUGUGACCAGCGGCGAAGACGUGAAACUCGUCGUACAGUCCAUUCUAGAGGAGCAAGGAAAACUCGACAUCGUUGUGAAUAAUGCUGGUGCUCUGGCCAUUGGACCGUUGCUUGAUGUAUCUUUAGACCAGGCUAGACAAGCUUUCGAGACCAACACGUUCUCGAUCUUGCGGGUUGCACAGGCGGUCGCACCCUCUAUGGUAGAACGCAAGCAAGGGCUUAUCGUUAAUAUUGGAUCAAUUGCAGGAAAUAUCCCUACGCCAUGGAACGGAAUAUACUGCGCAGCAAAGGCGGCAGUUCACGCGCUCAGCGAUACUCUGGCCAUGGAAUGCAAGCCCUUCGGUGUUAAAGUGAUUUUAGUGGCACCAGGCAGCGUCAAGUCAAACAUUAGCACCAACCAAGCAGCCACACUUGAAUUAUCCCCCACAUCCAUCUACAAGCCUUACUUCGAUCGGGUAUACGAACGCUUGCAUAUCAGUCAAGCCAAAGGGUGCAUGCCUACUGAUGAAUUUGCACGACGUGUGGUUGCAAAGGUGCUGAGUCCCAACCCUCCAACAUAUAUAUCACUUGGGACCAGCUCGCGCCUUUUCGCAUUCUUCCACUGGCUCCCUCAUUGGCUUGUCCUCUGGAUCCUGGGAUCGAAGAUGGUGUGGAGGAAGACCUGAGCUAUCUACGUAGCCACCACCUACUCUCUCAUGCCAUGGACGAAAUAAUGGGCGGCCGCAGAAGAUUAAUAAGUAAUGAAAAGACGUUCUGAACUAAUCGUGUGACAAUUCUUAGUCUGUACCACACGAAGGAUGCUGCGCAGUCUCAACAACAAUACCCACCUCUUCACGAGUGCGCAUGUGAGCAUGUCGGGGCUU